GAUGAUGAUGAAAUAAUAGAAAACGUGCAAAGACUGGAGCAAAUAGAACUCGAGGAUGAGGAUGAAGAAGAAGAAAAAGAAGAAGAUAAAACUUUUAUCUCUAAAGACGGGAAAAUAAAAUGGUCCUCCGCUGUGUUUCGCAACGGCGAGGAAGCGAGGAACGUCCCUCUUAGUCCUCUUUCUGCCCAGGGACCCACAGAGUACGCGGCGGCUCAGGCGGUCGACUUUGAAUCGACCUUCCGCAUGUUUGUGACCCCGGCGGUGGAAAGGAUCGUCCUGGAGAACACCAACCUGGAGGGCUCUCGAAAGCUCGGGAGCGCCUGGAAGGGCAUGGACGAGGUCGACCUGCGAGCCUACUUGGGCCUCCUGAUUUUGUCCGGCGUCUACAGGUCCCGAGGGGAGGCCGUGGCCAGCCUGUGGGACGCCGAGAGCGGCAGGGCCAUUUUUCGCGCCACGAUGUCGCUCAAGGUGUUUCACGCUUACUCGAAGCUGUUGCGUUUCGACGAUCGCCAAACUAGACCCGCCAGGCGAGCGACGGACAAACUGGCAGCCGUGAGAGAGGUCUGGGACGCGUGGGUGGAGCGGCUGCCCAGCCUCUACGACCCGGGUCCUAACGUGACGGUGGACGAGCAACUGGUACCUUUCAGAGGUCGUUGCUCUUUCAGACAGUACAUGCCUAGCAAGCCAGCAAAAUACGGCCUCAAGUUUUGGGUGGCGUGCGACGCCAAGUCCAGCUACGCUUGGAAGAUGCAGCUUUACACAGGCAAGCCAGGAGGAGGAGGAGGAGGAGGAGGAGGAGGAGAAAAGAGAGCUUCUGAAAAAAAGCAGGGCCAGCGGGUCGUGCUGGACGUCACAGAAGGGCUCGCCGGGCCUCGCAACGUGACGUGCGACAACUUUUUCACUUCCUACGAACUGGGCCAGCGGCUCCUGCGCAGGGAGCUCACCAUGCUCGGUACGGUUCGCAAGAACAAGCCGGAAUUGCCGCCGGCGCUCCUCUCGGUCAAGGGCAGGAGCGCCUUCUCCUCCGCGUUUGCCUUCACUCCCAGCACCGUCCUGGUGUCCUACGUGCCCAAGAAAAACAAAAACGUGAUCCUGAUGAGCACGCUACACUCGGCCGCCACGGCCGCCGCCGACGUCCUCCUCGUCGACGCAGGACGGCGGGACAAAAAGCCCUUUGCCGUCCUAGACUACAACGCCACCAAGGGAGGCGUAGACAACCUGGACAAGGUGAUAGGAACCUACAGCUGCAGCCUCGCUCGUGCGGACGCUUCAGAAGGGGGUUCGGGGUGCGGGUCCUCCUCCCGCUCCCUGUCCUGCUCUUCCGGACUCGGGGCAGCAGCAGCGGCAGGAGCAGCAGGAGCAGGAGCAGCAGGAGCAGCAGCAGCAGCAGCAGCGGCGGCAGCGGCAGCAGGCCCUCACCGCAGACCUCGUCUGGGGUGACGACGGGGACGAUGAGGGUGACGGAGGAGAACACGACGGCCUCGGUUCCGCCGCUAGCGACCGGGCGCAAAAGGGCAAGAGGAAAAGGUGUCAAAUUUGUCCGCGCGCGAGGGACCGCAAAACAAACAACGUUUGCCAUCGGUGCGAGAGAUACAUCUGCCACAGACAUUUGCUCUUCUGCUGUUCAGACUGCGUCCCUCGCUCCUGAAGAUAAUUUGUUUGUUCAUUAGCAAAUGAAAUAAUAAUAAUAAUAAUAAUAAUAAUAAUAAUAAUAAUAAUAAUAAUAAUAAUAAUAAUAAUAAUAAUAAUAAUAAUAAUCAUAAUAAUAAUAAUAAUAAUCAUAAUACUAAUAAUAUUCCGUGUGUUUUAUACUAUUGUUGAUGUUUUUGUUGUUGUCAGUGUAGUAACACUAUUUACAAACAAAGUUUAAUAUGUAAAAGAAAAAUAAUUAAUAAAAUAAAGCAAAAGCAUUUGAAUUAGGGUAUUUUGUUUUUUUUUUCUCCAACCUGGGAAGUUUCCAACUUGGAAACACACAACGUCACGGCCCUCCUUGUAUUCCCACACACACACACACACACACACACACACACACACACACACACACACACACACACA